AUGAGUCAAGAAAACAAGGUACCAGAUAAAUUCCAAGGUUUUGCCGUUGACAAGAAGGAAAACUGGAAUAAACCAAAAUUGGUUUCUUAUGAUCGAAAAAAGAUCAAUCCAUACGACGUUGUAUUGAAAAACGAAGCAUGUGGUUUGUGUCACUCGGAUAUCCAUACCGUUAAAGCAAACUGGUCACCUUUACAAAGAGACGACUUGGUUGUUGGACAUGAAAUUGUAGGUGAAGUUAUUGCUGUUGGCGACAAGGUCACCGAAUUUAAAGUUGGUGAUCGUGCUGGAAUUGGUGCAAACUCAUCUUCUUGUCGUGAAUGUAACAGAUGCAAGAAUGACAAUGAACAAUAUUGCAAAAAGGCAGCUGGAACAUACAACACCCCAGAUGUCAGGUCUGACAACUAUAUCACUCAAGGUGGAUAUUCCUCUCACUCAAUUGCCGACGAGCAAUUUGUGUUUGCAAUCCCCAAAGAGUUGAAAUCUGUACAUGCCGCUCCAUUGUUUUGUGCAGGUCUUACCACAUUUUCCCCCUUGGUUCGUAACUUGGGCUUGGAUGCCAAAGGCAAAAAUGUUGGUGUUAUUGGUAUUGGUGGAUUGGGACAUUUGGCACUACAAUUUGCUAAUGCCUUGGGCGCAAAUGUAGUUGCAUUCUCAAGAUCAUCAGCUAAAAAGGAACAAGCUUUAAAAUUGGGAGCUCAUGAAUUCAUUGCUACUGGUGAAGACAAAAAAUGGCAUGAAAACUAUGACGAUUACUUUGACUUUAUUUUGAAUUGUGCAAGUAACAUUGAAGGAUUGGAUUUGGAGCAAUACUUGUCGGUUUUGAAAGUUAACAAGAAUUUUGUUUCUGUUGGUUUACCUCCACUGGAUGAAAAACUCAGUGUGACUCCAUUUACCUUUUUGAGCCAAGGUGCAAAUAUCGGUUCCUCUUUAUUGGGAUCCAAGGUUGAAGUAAACAAGAUGUUGCAAUUGGCAGUUGAACACGAUAUUAAGCCAAUGAUUGAAGAAGUACCAAUAAGCGAGGAAAACUGCUCCAAGGCUUUGAACAGAUGCGAUGAUGAUUAUGGGGAAGACAUGGAGCAACAGCAGCAGCAGCAGCAACAGCAACAGCAACAGCAGCAACAGCAACAGCAACAGCAGCAACAGCAACAGCAGCAGCAACAGCAGCAUUUACACAUAGAUUUAGCUUAUAGACAUCUACUUUUUUGUUGA